ACCUUUGCCCCUAGAUGCUUUGGCCCGUCCGCCAUUUUGCGCUCUUCGGAGAUAGUAUUUUUUUUCUCUGAUCUGAUGAAAUUCCAACUGAUUUGAACGCGAAAUCAACCAGGCAACAUUCGAAGCGUAAAGACGCAGUACUACUAGUGACCUAUCGCCACAGAAUCGCCAUAGUGUUCCCAAAGGCUGACCAUCGGGUAUUCUGGGAACGAGACUAGCAACAGAGAGAGCGAGACAGGAACGAGGGAACAUACGGACAAAUACGAGGCAAAUUUGUUCACCUGUGGGAAACAAGGGAAGAAAAUAGAGACUCUGUUCAAGGUGGACGUCGCCGUGGACGGCAGCGAAAAGCUUGGCAGGAUAACAUCGCUGACUGGACGUCCCUCAGCCUACAGGAGAGGAUAACCCUGGCUAGGGAAAGGCACACCUGGGGGUAACUCUCGAUCUUCAUGUCUACCUUGUCCCCCCCAACGACCUGGAGGUCAAGGGACUAGGUAGGUAGAUAGGUUCAAGGAAACCAUUAAUCCUACGCUGCCCCGGACCGACGCAGAUAUACUAGUACGUGCAAAUUUGUCCAGGACAGAUGGAAGGGCAAAGAGCAGAGGAUGUUUUGGGUGCUGCUUUGGCUGCGUCCCACAAAUGCGACCAUUGCGGAUACAGGGCGGCGUACAAAUAUCACCUAGCCAGGCAUAUGAGAAAACAUAUGGAUAAGACACAUGGCGAAAAGGACUUUAUGUGUGGGGAAUGCGGGUACAGGGUGGCUUUUAAGUCUGAUCUAACCAGGCAUAUUAGAACACAUAAAGGCGAGAAACCCUUCAAGUGUGACUAUUCUGCUGCACAGAAAGGCAGUCUAGAUAAACCCUUCAAGUGUGACCAGUGUGACUAUUCUGCUGCACAGAAAGCGAGUUUAGUCUACCAUAUGAGAAAGCAUACAGGUGAGAAGCCCUACAAAUGUGAGCAGUGCGACUAUUCUACUGUACGGAAAUCUGAUUUGGUUAACCACAUGGCUAAGCAUACUGGUGAAAAGCCCUACAUGUGUGGGGAGUGCGGGUACAGGACGGAUUACAAGUGUAACCUAAUCAUACAUAUGAGAAAACAUACAGGCGAGAAGCCCUACAAGUGUGACCAGUGUGACUAUUCUGCUGCACAGAAAGCCAAUUUAGACCAACACAUGGCUAAACACACUGGCGAGAAACCCUGAAUGUGUGGGGAGUGCGAAUAACGGGCAGAUCAGAUGAGUCACCCAUACAGCCAUAAGGGAAGACAUACAGGUUAAAAAUCCUACACUUAAACCACGAUGCUAAUGUUCUAUAGUACUGAAAGACACUUCGUCAUAUAGCACAGAAAAUUAGUGAAAAUCUGUGAAUGUAUGACUUUAUAUACAUUGAAAUUUAAAAUUCUUGGAUGCCUUUGUGUAGAUUUAUAGCUGGCCAUGUUCAAAAACCAAUGAAGAUAUUAAAAAUAAAUAACUUUAAUUGAAAAUACUAUUUUGUUACAGUUAUGCUUGUUUGCUUGACUUUCCAUACACAUAUUUGACAUUCUUGUAGACUAAACCUAUGGCAAUUUCUGUAGCUCUGUAGGGACGAGAGACUAUUGUAUGUAGUUUUCUUGUAUUAGUUUGUGUAAAAGCUAUCAGAUUUUUUUUUGCGAAAUAGAGGGAAAGAGGGAAUAGGAGAGAAGAAAAUAAAACCACCGCGAAGAUUUCAAGAUUUGUAGCAACACAUUGUGGUAAGCGUGACAAGGUAGUCUGUCUCGCUAACUUUAGCUAGUCUGAACUGAUGGUAAUUUAGCAGCUCAGAGAGCAAACACCCAUAUGUCUUUCUAUAUUAGUAUAUAGUAUAUAUCCAUAUGGUUGAUCGGUCGUGGGUAGAAAUAUGCUCAAGGUAACGCACCAAGCUGUGUUCGAUAUAAAUUGUGAUCGUUGUUUAUUGUGUCUAACAUGAGUUUGCUAAACGAAUGCAAACUUAUUCUACUUUACAGCACCCGAUACCAAGUCAUACGACCUGCACAAAAAUGAGGGAAGGUACAUUAAAUGCAUGACUUGGCGUUCGCUACUAUUAUAGAAAGGCUACGUAAAAA